CGUGGCUCCAAGGCUUCGGGGGUCACCCGGUCAAUAUAAAUAGAGGCCGCCGUCAUGUACCAACCAAGACCUAACUGUAGCAGCGCUAGUGAUAACGAGGGUUAUUCUAGGUUCCGCUGCAGGUUGGACUUGGGAGGCGUGGCCCCAAGGCUUCGGGGUUCACCAUGCGCAAUUCCAGGGGUGCUCUCUGGACUCAUCAGGAAGUAAAUGUCCUGAAAAAAAAAC